AUGUACGAGCACGUCGUGCCGAGGAAGAACUACGCCACCAUCGUCUCCGUAAAAUCGCCGGGGGAUGCCGUACGUGACAAGUACGACAUCUUCGGCAGGGAGGCCCAGGUGGACCAGAUCGUGAAGGCGGUGAGGCUCGGCGACGACCUGCGUUACCGCCUUGGCGUCGGCGUGCUCCCCGUCGUCGGCGCCGAGGGGGUAGGCAAGACGGCGCUCACCCAGCUCAUCUUUCACCAUGAGAUCAUCAAGGCCGAGUUCCCCGUGCGCAUGUGGGCGCACGUCUCCGGCGAGCUCCUGCUGAGUAAGCAGCUCAUGCUCCAGAUGAUCCAUCCGGUGGUCACCGGAGAUGCCGGCCAUGACGUCCAAGACGCCAGGGAGCUUCUGCUGGCCCAGCUGGCCGGCAAGAGGUUCCUGCUCGUGCUCGACCACGUCACAGAUGUCAGCGAUGCCCAGUGGAGAGAUCUGAUGGAGGUGCUGCAACCAGCUGCUCGGAGGAGCUUGAUCAUGGUGACAACUCAAUCCCAAGAUGCCGCCGUAGCUGUAGGGACCAUGCCCCCGCUGAUCCUCGGCCCUAUGGCAUUCGAUGACUACUGGAGGAUGUUCAAGCAUUUCGCAUUUGGGGCUGCAGAUGAAGCCGAAGAAGACUGCACUCCGCUGGUGGAUGAAUGGGACGACCUCGAAGAGGAAGAGGAGGAGCUAUCACCCAUGGAGCAAAUCGCACACGAGAUGGCCAAGAACAUGGGCUGCGCACCGUUACCGGCACGGGCAAUCGGGCGUUCACUGUACUUCCGGCGGGACGAAGAAGGCCACUGGAAAGAUGUGUUGGAUGACAGCUUGUGGCAGCAGGGGGACAUCGGCGGGGUCUCGCCGGCGCUCUGGCUGAGCUACCAGCACCUUGAUCCCCGCCUCAAGCAGUGUUUCGCAUACUGUGCGGUGUUUCCGGGUGACUAUGUCUUCCGAAAGGAAGAACUCGAGCAGAUGUGGGUAGGACAUGGGUUCAUAUAUUCCGAUGAUCCUGCGGCGACAUUGGAGGACGUCGCCGGCGAGUUCUUCGACGAGCUUGUCGAACGAUGCUUCUUCCAGCCCCUGGGAAGGAACAGAUACAUUAUGCACAACACGAUGCAGAAGCUAGCACGAGCAGUCUCAGGGAGCCAGUUUCACAUGGUCACUGAUAGCUCAGGAGAAGUGCCACAGGAAGUUCGUCACCUGACAAUCACAACUAACAACCUGCUGAAGCUGAAGAUGGAUCUGGCAUUGCAGCUCUCACAUCCCUCCGAUCACCAUUUCCUCCAGCAGGUUCGCACGAUCCUGUUCUUCGAAGAUUUCGGCGAUUCAGAUGAUUUCUUGGAAGUUUUAGUCGAGAUUUUCUCGAUCACAAAGAGUGUGAGGGUCCUCGGCUUAUCGUCUGCAAACAUUUCACUUCUGCCUGCUGAGAUCGGCCUGCUCCGACACCUGCGGUAUCUCAACGUGUCCAGGAACAGACUCACUGAACUUCCAGAUACAAUGUGCCAGCUCCACCUGCUGCAGGUCCUGGACGUCAAGUGCAACUCUCCUUAUCUCCGUCCUCCCAAUGGCAUGACAAACUUGAUUCAUCUGAGGCAUCUCCGUGCAUGUGAGGCUUUCCUUUCGGCCAUACCUGACAUACAACUACUCUCAAAUCUGCAAGAACUGGAGGCAAUCUGCAUCAAGAGUGGCACGCACGCCAAUGCCCUACGCCAAAUGGUGCAGCUCAAAGGCGCGCUUUGUGUCGCGAAUCUCCGCCGGAGCGAUGCUAGUGGGUUCAAGAAGGGUAUCCUGAAGGGAACAAAGCACCUGAACAAAUUACAGCACCUGAAUAAACUACACCUGUCAUGGGCUAGCAGCAGCUCUAUGCCCGGAAGCAACGAGGUUUCAGUUGAUGAAGAGGUGCUUGAGUGCCUGACAGACUGCCUGAACUGGGAGAGCCUGCCGUGCCUGCAUGACAUGCCUUGCCUCGAGGUUCUAGAGAUGAAGAGGAUGAACUCUGUCAACAAGGUGGCCAUUUCUCAACUAUCAGACCAAGAACUGUUCCCAAAGCUCAAAAGGCUCAUCAUCGAAGACGCUCCGCAUUUCACCGGAUGGUCGACCGGGAACUUGACAAGACACAUGUCAUUCCCCUGCCUCUGCAAGCUAGAGAUAAGAAACUGUCCCAGCCUGACGACCUUCCCAGACGUCCCCCUUUCACUCACCACCAUGAUCAUUGAAAACGUUGGUCUCGAGCUGCUGCCGAUGAUUCAGGACAAGCAGUCAUCAUCAGAAGACGCAAUGUCGUCAACAUCAGAGGAAGGUGGUAGAUGGACGUCGCGGCUCACCACACUUCACAUACACCGGUGCCACAAGCUGAGGUCACUGGGAACUGGUCUUCUUCAGCAGCAGCACCUCCUGCGGUCUCUCGAGGCUCUGUCGAUCAGGAGCUGCGACGACGUCGCCUGCGAUCUUCCCGACGGCUUCAAGGAUCUCACCGCGCUGAGGGACCUCUCGCUGUACGACUGCCCGAAGCUGCUCGUCGACAAGUUCCACGCGUCGCUGCGGACGCUGGAGAUCAGCGAGUGCUUCGUCGCGCGGGGCGGGUGGGUGGACGAGUACCCUUUCCUCUUCUCAGUGUGGGUGCUGAAGAUCAGCGGCUGCCCGCACGUGAGCUCUGAUCAUGGCGGCAAGGUCGCUGAGCCUCUGGACUGGCUGAGCUCCAUGUUCAACGUGUACAGCCUUCAGUUGGAGAACACGUCGUUUGUGAGCCUGAACAUGUUUGACAAGCUCCAUUCUCUUGAGACACUCGAGAUCGACGGGAGCCGCGGCGCGUUCUUCGACGGUUCCUGGGAGUUUGAGUGGCUGGAGAAGCUGCACACCCUGAGCAUCAGAAGCUGCGGUGAACUGAGUGAGCUGCCGGAGAACCUGUACACUCUGCCUGCCCUGGAAGAGCUGUGCGUGGACAACUGUCCGGCUAUUCAGGCACUGCCGGCGAACGGCUUGCCGGCGUCGCUGAAGAGGCUCUCCAUAUCCAAGUGCAGUCCGGAGCUGAUCCAGAGGUGUCUUGAGGACGAACUUGAUAGGCCCAAGAUUGCCAAGGUUGGUGUUGUUUUCAUUGAUGGACAAAAUAUUGCUGCUCGGCAGGAAUAG